AUGAAGGUGCAGAAACAGAGGAAGUCUCUUCGAGCACUUUUCAAAGGAGAGGAACACCGUCUCUCAGAGCUGAGGAUUGUGCUGCUGGGGGGGAGAUGUGCUGGGAAGAGUUCAGCAGGAAACACCAUCCUGGGCAGAGAGGAGUUUGAGUGUGGAAUAAGAACUGCACAGUGUGUGAAGAGACAGGGUGAAGUAGCUGGGAGGCAGCUCACUGUGAUCGACACACCAGGCUGGUGGACUGAUAAUUUUGUACAGGACACUCCAGAGCUGGAUAAACAGGAGAUUGUGCGCAGUGUGUCUCUGUGUCCCCCGGGACCCUAUGCUCUCUUUUUGGUCAUUAAUCUGAGCAGAUCAUUAACAGAGACAUACAGGAGAUCAGUGGAGGAACACCUGGAUCUUCUCAGUGAGAGAGUGUGGAGACACACUAUAGUGCUGUUCACCAGGGGAGUCUGGCUGGGAGACACAACCAUUGAGCAGCGCAUUGAGGCUGGAGGGAAGGCCCUCCAGUGGCUUGUAGAGAAAUGUGGGAACAGGUAUCAUGUUCUCAACAAUCAGAACAGGGCUGAUGGAACCCAGGUCACAGAGCUGCUGAAGAAGAUAGAGGAGAUGGUGGCAGGAAAUGGUGGCUGUCACUAUGAAAUGGACAGAAUGCUCUUACAGGAGGUGGAAGAGAAGAGGAGGGCAGUGGAAGAAAGAGCGAGACAGAGGCUGAUGAAGGUGCAGAAACAGAGGAAGUCUCUUCGAGCACUUUUCAAAGAGGAACACCGUCUCUCAGAGCUGAGGAUUGUGCUGCUGGGGGGGAGAUGUGCUGGGAAGAGUUCAGCAGGAAACACCAUCCUGGGCAGAGAGGAGUUUGAGUGUGGAAUAAGAACUGCACAGUGUGUGAAGAGACAGGGUGAAGUAGCUGGGAGGCAGCUCACUGUGAUCGACACACCAGGCUGGUGGACUGAUAAUUUUGUACAGGACACUCCAGAGCUGGAUAAACAGGAGAUUGUGCGCAGUGUGUCUCUGUGUCCCCCGGGACCCUAUGCUCUCUUUUUGGUCAUUAAUCUGAGCAGAUCAUUAACAGAGACAUACAGGAGAUCAGUGGAGGAACACCUGGAUCUUCUCAGUGAGAGAGUGUGGAGACACACUAUAGUGCUGUUCACCAGGGGAGUCUGGCUGGGAGACACAACCAUUGAGCAGCGCAUUGAGGCUGGAGGGAAGGCCCUCCAGUGGCUUGUAGAGAAAUGUGGGAACAGGUAUCAUGUUCUCAACAAUCAGAACAGGGCUGAUGGAACCCAGGUCACAGAGCUGCUGAAGAAGAUAGAGGAGAUGGUGGCAGGAAAUGGUGGCUGUCACUAUGAAAUGGACAGAAUGCUCUUACAGGAGGUGGAAGAGAAGAGGAGGGCAGUGGAAGAAAGAGCGAGACAGAGGCUGAUGAAGGUGCAGAAACAGAGGAAGUCUCUUCGAGCACUUUUCAAAGGUACGUUUAUUUUCUCUCUGAGGAUUGUGCUGCUGGGGGGGAGAUGUGCUGGGAAGAGUUCAGCAGGAAACACCAUCCUGGGCAGAGAGGAGUUUGAGUGUGGAAUAAGAACUGCACAGUGUGUGAAGAGACAGGGUGAAGUAGCUGGGAGGCAGCUCACUGUGAUCGACACACCAGGCUGGUGGACUGAUAAUUUUGUACAGGACACUCCAGAGCUGGAUAAACAGGAGAUUGUGCGCAGUGUGUCUCUGUGUCCCCCGGGACCCUAUGCUCUCUUUUUGGUCAUUAAUCUGAGCAGAUCAUUAACAGAGACAUACAGGAGAUCAGUGGAGGAACACCUGGAUCUUCUCAGUGAGAGAGUGUGGAGACACACUAUAGUGCUGUUCACCAGGGGAGUCUGGCUGGGAGACACAACCAUUGAGCAGCGCAUUGAGGCUGGAGGGAAGGCCCUCCAGUGGCUUGUAGAGAAAUGUGGGAACAGGUAUCAUGUUCUCAACAAUCAGAACAGGGCUGAUGGAACCCAGGUCACAGAGCUGCUGAAGAAGAUAGAGGAGAUGGUGGCAGGAAAUGGUGGCUGUCACUAUGAAAUGGACAGAAUGCUCUUACAGGAGGUGGAAGAGAAGAGGAGGGCAGUGGAAGAAAGAGCGAGACAGAGGCUGAGGAUUGUGCUGCUGGGGGGGAGAUGUGCUGGGAAGAGUUCAGCAGGAAACACCAUCCUGGGCAGAGAGGAGUUUGAGUGUGGAAUAAGAACUGCACAGUGUGUGAAGAGACAGGGUGAAGUAGCUGGGAGGCAGCUCACUGUGAUCGACACACCAGGCUGGUGGAGAAGUAAGUCUGAGAUUGUGCGCAGUGUGUCUCUGUGCCCCCCAGGACCCUGUGCUCUCUUCCUGGUCAUUAAUGUGAGAAAAUCAUUCACUGAGACACACAGGAGAUCAGUGGAGGAACACCUGCAGCUUCUCAGUGAGAGAGUGUGGAGACACACUAUAGUGCUGUUCACCAGGGGAGACUGGCUGGGAGACACAAGCAUUGAGCAGCGCUUUGAGACUGAAGGGAAGGCCCUCCAGUGGCUUGUAGAGAAAUGUGGGAACAGGUAUCAUGUUCUCAACAAUAAGAACAGGGCUGAUGGCACUCAGGUCACAGAGCUGCUGGAGAAGAUAGAGGAGAUGGAGAGGAACACCGUCUCUCAGAGAUGA